CAAUCCUCUGAGACCAUUUAUAUUCAGAUUUUUCUCUGAAAGCUAGCCUGAGACGAAGUCAAAUAAUUAAACAACAGAAGGAGAUCAUGUGAGAGAUUCAUUAUCCAAUAGCUUCUGGACACAUAUUCUGUUAAUUUCUUCUUUGAAAAAGUCUCUCAGAGCUCCCCCAAUUCGGUAAAAUGCAAAAGUUCGUUGCUGCUGGAGUUGUUUGUUCGUUGAUCAUGGUCAUGGAUAUCACAGCCGGGGUACUUGGCAUAGAAGCUGACAUGGCCCAGAACAAGGUGGAGCAUUUCAGGGAGAGGCUAGUUGAAUGUAGGGGGCCAAGUCAAACAGCAUUCGACUUUGGGUUGGCUGCAGCAGUGCUUCUGGCCCUCGCCCACAUCAGUGCUAACUUGCUCGGUGGCUGCACUUGCCUUUGUUCCAUAAACAAGCUACGCAGGGCCUCUGCUGACAAGCAAUUCGCCAUGGCCGCUCUCAUCUUCUCCUGGAUUAUAUGGGCAGUGGGAUCCUCAAUGCUGAUGUUAGGGACGAUGGAGAACUCGAGAAAAUCGUGUGGGAAUGGGAUGGGAAACCAUCGGUUUCUGAGCAUUGGAGGGAUCGUUUGCUUCCUUCACGCAGUGUUUAUAGCUGCUUACUGUGUUCCAGCCAUUGCCAAUGAUGCCCAGAAGACGCAGCAACCUCAACAAGGAGGCCAUGCUUGAUUAAUUUUCUUUUUCGUUCCAUUCUUUUCUUCUACUCCUCCUUUCAUUAAAUUAGGUUAACGAUUAUACUGAGUUGAUAUGAUCCGUGUUGGACUUGGAAGAGUUGAUUAUUUGUAGAAUCUAUGGAUUAAGUAACGAUCUCUGCAAUUUCUCCAGUUUGCCCAUGUAUCAUAUAGUUUAUUGUUCUUAAAAUGUUGUGCUUAAUGGUAAAGAUAUGAUUUUAACGAGGAUUAAUUGGUCUUGUAAAGUAAUUAUAUCGCAAUACACGUUAUAAAUUAAGGGAUGCUUUAAUAAAAUCAAAAUUUUAAAGUAGAUUUGAAGUAAAAACUGGACCUAUAUUGAAGGAUACCCAAAAUGUUUACAAAACUAUAACUUUUGAUA